AUAACCGAUGGAAUAUUAAUGGUAUAGUUGUGAACAAGAGAAGAGAGAAAACAUCCCUCGGAAAAAGAAAUUGAGCUGAACAAGGAAAAGCAAUGCCGGUGAGAGUGGUGGAUACCUCCGCCCCUUCUCAGGUUUCUGAAGGUGCAAAUUCUGGACAAACGUCACCACAAGCUUGUACCCUUUUGAGUGUUGGACAGACAUUCUCGGGUACUCAGAAUGUUUCGGGUCUGCAAAAAGAUGAAGCAUGGAGGGUAAAUGUUUGUAUACAAGGAUGUGACCUUGAACAUGGUUAUCUAUGUGGUACCAUGGAAGCUCUUAAUGUUCCCAUGGCAGAUACACCAGUAGUAACCUUCUGGGAAGGAGAAAUUGUUGACACCAAGAAUUAUACUUUCUUCACUGGCAAAUGGGAAGCAACGCCAGAGGAUGAUAUAAGGCACUGGACCAAGUUUUCUUCUUUUAAUUCUUUACUUAGCCAAGUGGAGGUUGAUGGAGGCAAGUCUUUGGACUUGAGUAACUAUCCAUACAUAUUCAUGAGAUGGAAAGAACAGUACUUUGUGAAUGUUGGGACAGACUGUGGGUUAACUAUAGCUGGCUUUUACUAUGUUUGCUUCUCUUGUAGUGAUGGCUCCAUUAAUGGAUUCUACUAUGAUCCUAAUAGCAGCCCAUUCCAGAAGCUGGAGCUGAAAUCUACUAAUGAGGGAAGAUCAGGUUUCAGUUUCUCUUCAUACGAGUUACGAUGAGAGAUAGAAGAAGAAGAAGAAGAAGAUUAAGUUUUUAGUGUUUGGGGAAACUAAGGAGAUCACACGGUUUCUCACUUUCUUGGUGUACAUGUUUCAUUACAACUUAGGAAAAGUUGUUGGCUUUCAGCUACUCCAGUUAUAGUUGUAUCAGAUUUAUUGUAGCAGAGCCGAUGAUCAAACUUCACUGUGUAGCUUUCUCUCUUCAUGUAUAUGUUAAAGUUUAGUUUUAAAGAAUACUCAAGCUUGGAUUUUUAUUUAUAUAUACUUGUCCAGAGAUUACCAACUCUAUCAAUGUCAUGAAAUAUAUAUGAAGAAAAAAUUUCUUCUGAUCUA